GAGCUGCAGGAUCCGGCUGGAGCCGCUGGCCAAGUGGUGCGGCGCGCGGUUCAUCCACGCAUGGGCCGAGCGUAUCGACUUUGCCGAAACCUGGUCGUGUGCCGGCGCGUCGCCGAUCACCAAAGCGGCGACCUCACCGACUACCCACCACGACCACCACCACCAACGACCGCAGAGGACGCUGAAGCCGAAGCCGAAGCGGAAGAGCGAAGCCAUGAGGACUACGUGCCCUCCAUCCCGUACGACCUGCUCGCCGUUGACAUCGGAUCAGUCACCAAGGGCACAGAAGAGGUUCCCGGCGUGCGCGAGUUCGCGCUGAGCACACGCCCAAUUUCCCGCCUGCUGGCCCAACUCGAGGAGUUCGAGAGCAGUGGGUCGUGGACGUCGAGCGCGGUGCGGGCCAAGCUCAAAGAGAAGCGCAUCCGACUGCUGGCCGACGCGCGUGCGGUCCGGGUUGAUUCGCGCCUGGUCCACCUCGACAGCGGCGGCGAAGAGGUCGCCCCGCUGCCUUACGACCUGCUCCUGUGGGCCACCGGCCCGGGCGCGCCGCCCCUCUUCCGGGCGAGCGGCCUCGCGACCGACGAGCAUGGCUUCGCCGUGACCAAGGACAACGUCUUCGCCGCGGGCGACUGCUGCGCCAUCGACGGCUGCGAGUGGGUGCCCAAGGCCGGUGCGCCUCCCUCCUCUCACCAUCUCCAACAUCAAUGUUAG